AUGCCUUUUGGAUUGGCGAAUGCUCCCGCCGCUUUUAUAGAUUUGAUGAAUCGAGUCUUCCGCCCAUAUUUAGACCAGUUUGUGAUAGUCUUCAUUGAUGACAUCCUGGUUUAUUCAAAGACUUGGGAAGAGCACGAGCAACAUUUGAGGAUCGUUCUCCAGACUCUUCGAGAACACCAACUUUACGCAAAGAAGGAGAAAUGUGAUUUCUGGUUGACAGAAGUCAAGUUCCUUGGACAUGUUAUAUCUAGACAAGGAAUUUCAGUGGAUCCUUCAAAGAUUGAAACGGUGCUACAAUGGGAACGACCGAAGAACGUUGCCGAAAUUCGAAGCUUCCUAGGACUUACGGGGUAUUAUCGACGAUUUGUAAAGGAUUUUUCGAGUAUUGCUGCUCUAAUGACGCGGUUGCCUAAAAAGGAAGUCAGGUUUGAAUGGGAUGCUGAUUGUGAACAUGCAUUCCAAGAACUGAGGACUAGGCUAACCAGUGCGCCGAUUCUGAUGAUUCCUAAUAGCGAUAAGCCGUACGAGGUGUAUUCUGAUGCAUCAAGACGAGGACUUGGGGUGUGUUUUGAUGAAAAAUGGACAGGUUGUGGCCUAUGCAUCUCAUCAACUGAAGCCACAUGA